UUUCUAAUGGGAUAGCAUAAUACCGGACUCUAGGUCACCUAAGUGCGGGCUGAGGAAAAGACAGUGGAACUGAAGCUCAAGUAGUCCAUGAACUUUGCCUUGGCUCCCGACAGAAAGCCUUCGAAUGAGAAGGCACUCUGCAGCAGUCUGCUCCGGGAAGCAGGGAGGGCAGUUCCCCAGGCUCCAGCUAGAAAAAUCCAGGACAUCCGAGAGAUGGAGAAAAGAGAACUGAAGGUUUCUGUUCCAAAAUUUGGCAAGAUUCCUUGGCUUAGUGAGGCCAGCCUCAUAAACAAGCCAUUAGUGCUCAGCCUCCCCAAAAGAUAUCCUCAUGCCUCUGCCACUUUUCUGAUUUCAUCCAAGAAGGAUAUGAAUUUGCCUAUUUUGUUUCAAGUUCCAGAUGUCUUCUCUAAGACAGGCUCUCCCAUGCCACCGAGCACCUCCUCAUCCCAGGUGAGCUCGGAGAUUCCGUGCAUCGUGCCUGCCGAGGCACCUCGAAAUCAGGGACCCACCAAAAGGCUGCUGGCAGCCCUGCAGCCAACGAGCGGGCCUGGCCUCUGGGCACAGAUUCUAAGAAGUCCUUGUUUUUCCCUCUUAUUGCACUGUUUUCCAGAGAGCGUUCGCUACCGGCUGCCCAUUCUGGGCCCCAGGAUCUCCAUCUUCCACGGGCUGCUGACGGAUACCUACCCAACUCUGCAAGAGACACAACUCUCUUCCUUGCCCGGAAAGGAGCCAACGGGCAAGACAAUGAGGUAGUGAGUGGUCGGAGCUCAUCACCUUCCAGACUCACAAAGAGAAAAUAAGUUAACCAAGCCAGUUUCUGGCAUAUAAGCCUAAUUCCCUCUUGUCACCAAAAAGGUGACUCACUUUUGCCUCCUUGAGAGUUGCUCGAUUCUAGCUCUUGCCACUGUCUUCUCACUCACUUUUCCUAAAGACGAGUGGUUUAAUUUCCAUGAUUAUAAAGGUUUACUGAUUAAAAUGGAACAUUUUGAGUGUCAUUGAUUUUUAUAUGUUUUGAAGAUUUUUGACUGUGUUAUUAUAGACAACAUCCUUCUGUUUCUAAGACUUGAAUUUUCAGCUCUUCUUCAGGGCAGGGGGCUGGAGAUGGCUCCUGGAGGUUUCUCAUGAAUUCAACCGAUUAUGAAUACAGGAGAGAAAUGGAGGUCACCCUCUUGUCCUUAUCUCUGUCAGUUAACUGGUAGAUGACAG